GAGGGGCGGGGUUACACCUUUUCAGUGGGAAACGCUCCGUUCAAAAAGCUGCCAACGUCUCCCUGCGGGAACGUGCGCGACUGUUUGUGUUUUCGCUGCGAACUCGACAGGCACGACAUGCUGUGCGGAGGCGGGACGCGGCUUCACUACGUCUGACCAGGAGCGUCCGACGGUAACGCCGCCAGACGCGCACGCUGACGCGGAAAAAAAAAGAAAAAGACACGACAACCGGUAGCAGCCGCGCAGGUGGUUCGCGCUCGUGACCGGCUGCGUCUCAACUGCCACAAGUUCUCAUCUCACUUGAACCUGACGGCUGCUGAAAAUGUCCGUGGACAGUUACUCUGCGCUGGACGAGCCCGCACUCCGAGCCCUGCUGGAUGGAACAGUAGACCUGGACGAGAGGCGCCUCAUCCGUUCAGCCAUCCGGGAGCUGAGGAGGAGAGAGAUUGAAGACAUGGAAGCGGCUUUGGCCAGCAAGCGGUUCCGACCCACACGCCUGAAGCAGCAGGAGGACAAGGAAAACCAGCACAGGCCAGAAUCUGUGACAGUCAGUGACAAUCUGGAUGUUCUGUCACAAAAACUUCAAUCCAUCCAUGACAUUGAUGAGCUCACGAUAAUGCUCCGUGCUUCCAGCGAGUAUGAGGAAAGGAAGAUGAUCAGAGCAGCCAUCCGACAAGUCAGAGAAGAACAGCAGCAAGGGCCUGCAGAGCGUGGAAAGGCUGCUGGUCGAUGUCAGGAGUCUGAGAGUGUGGAACCCCAGAACAGCAUGGGAACUGGGGAGCCAGAGCAGGAGAGUCACGGUGAGCGAGAACACGUCCGAUCUCAGAUCCGGGAGUUACGCGGCCAGCAGACACAACAAAGCAGAGACCUGAGGAGAAUUGGCUCCAGCUCAGGCAUGGUGUUGGUUCUCGAUCCCCUGGUGAAGGGUGAUGACUCUGGACCUCCGCUGAUCCAGCCUCAGCGAGAACCUGGUGUGACGGAGCCUGAUCUGGUCCUGUCCCACCGUCAAAGGUCAGACUCCUCAGCCUCAGACCGCAGUGUGACCUCGGUGUUUUCCAGGUCCAAUCUGGAUUCUGGGGGCUCAGAGAAGAGUCUGGGCUCCGCUUACAGAGUCCGUCUUGACUCUGGAGCUUCCGACAGAAGCCAGAGUCCUUCCCUCUGUGGUCGGCUGGACUCCGGGGCAUCAGAGAGAAGCCUCAACUCCCAGUCCAAUGUCAGACAGAGAUUGGGCUCAGAUGUCUCCAACUCUGAUGUCAGGCCACGUUUGGGCUCUGGGGCUUCAGACAGCACCAGUCUCUUGACAAGGAAACGGACUGACUCAGGGACUUCUGCCAGUAUCUCCUCUGAAGAGAGGGGUCCAGUGGAGGAGGUGGAGGUCGCGACCAGUGGCUCAACUUGCAGCACAGAUUCAGAAACCGAGAGCAGAAGUCAAGGUCCAGUCAGCCACCUGGCUCAGAACAGCCAUGGCUGCUUCAAAGACCAGGACCGCCCUGAUGGAGCGGUUUUAUCACGGAGUGAUCCCACAGACGGCCUCCUGAACGGCACAGCCAGGGGACAGAUUGAUCUGCAGAAAAAGGUAACAGUUAACAGCAGUCUUCCCCUCAAUCACGGCAAAGCUAAGGAUUCUGCACCUGAGAAGAAAGAUGUUACACUGGAGCAGUUCAACCGCUCCAACUCUGUACGCGAUCGCAUGCGCAAGUUCGCCGAGCCCAGCCAGAGCUCGAGUGCUCCCGCGCUGAAGAAGGUUCCUCUGAAGAACGGGUCAAGCUCCAGCAACGGCAGCCGCGCAAAUCUCUCCAGAGCCGCCGAGCUGUUUACGCACACUGCAGCAUCCCCUGGCAGCACAUCUGGAGACAGGCCAGCAAGGCCAUGCGCAGACGCCGCAUCGAACACCUCUGCUGCAUCCCAGAGCCAGGCCACACCCCAGCCAAGGGGUGGGGCCAGCAAACCUCUGCUGUCAGCUAGCCAAUUGCAGAACACCAUGGGUGGGACGAGACAUCCAGCUGAAAAAGAUGUGCACGCCUCUAGUAGCUCAAAGGAAGAAAGGACCCCAGGGAGAACAGCUGGAGAGCAGGUCACCCAGGGAGAGGCAGAUUUGGACAUGAAGACUUUCCUUACAAUUGAGAUCAAGGAUGGGCGCAGCACCACCUCCUCUACAUCCUCCCCGAGGGGUAACAUUGUCCCCAUCACAACCAUUACCCCACGCAUCACCACCAAUGCUCUGGGGCAGAGGGCAGAGUUGACCCUUGGCCUAAGAGCAACACCGUUCAAGGUCUCCUCAUCCAGCUUGUCUUCUGCAUCUUCCAUCAAGAUGGAGACGGAGCCCGUAACGGCCUCGGAGCCAGUCGUUUCAGCCGGGCCUGUACCGGCGCCCUGUCAAGUCCCAGUCAUUCACAACGGCUCCAGCACUCAGACCAAACCCGACGAGCGCCCCGGAACACUCACCGCUGAGCAGCUCGCGGCCAUUGAAGAUGAAGAGCUCCUUGACAAAAUGCUUGAUGAGUCUAAAGACUUUGAGGAGAGGAAGCUGAUCCGUGCAGCCAUGAGAGACCUGCGCAAGAGGAAGCGAGAGGCCAUGCUGGGAUGUACCCAAGAGGAAAUGGGUAGGGCAGACCAGAGGGAAAAGGAGCGAGAAACACGCCUACAGGAGCUUCGGCAGCAGAGAGAGGAGCGCACGCAGAAGGGGCGCCCCGGGGUCGGAGCUGGAGAGGUGGUGAUGAGGAAGGUGGAGAAGUCUGCCGAUGGCUCCACCCUCAGCCAAGUCACCAAGACCGACCGCUUCGCCCAGUCUGAUGAUGGGAGUCGAUCGACACGCAGCACUGUGGUGGAGGCCAGUUAUGUGCAGAAAACAGACAGAGGCACAGUCCAGUCGAAGUCGUAUAGUUACACUUCUUCUACUUCCUCCUCCUCCAGCACAAGCAAAAAAGUGGGCAGUGUGUUUGAUCGCGAGGACGACACGGCGCCGCGCGGCGGCGGAUUGGCUGCCGUGGAGCGGAGGCAGGCGGAGAAACGCAAGGAGCUGAUGAGGGCGCAGACCAUGCCCAAGACGUCCGGCAUGCAGGCCCGCAGAGCCAUGAUAGAGAAGCUGGAGAAGGAGGGGGGCGGCCCUGGAAAUCAGGCGGUCGCCAAGGUAAACAAGGUGCAGCGCUCCACCAGCUUUGGUGUACCCAACGCUAACUCCAUCAAGCAGAUGCUCCUCGACUGGUGUCGUGCCAAGACUCGCUCAUAUGAGCAUGUAGACAUUCAGAACUUCUCCUCCAGCUGGAGUGACGGCAUGGCGUUCUGUGCCCUGGUACACAACUUCUUCCCCGACGCGUUCGACUACAGCUCCCUGAGCCCCAGCAACCGCCGGCAGAACUUCGAGGUGGCCUUCAACGCUGCAGAGACCCACGCCAACUGCAUGCCUUUGCUGGAAGUAGAGGACAUGAUGAUAAUGGGCAAAAAACCAGACUCCAAGUGUGUCUUCACCUACGUACAGUCACUGGUCAACCACCUACGUAGAUAUGAGAUGUCCAUGGGUCGCUCCUGUGACCUCUGACCUUUCCACCUCCAUCUUCACCAGAUGAGUCACAUCACAGAGGUCUACAUCUGUAGUGGACACGUUGGGGAGUUUGCAUUUGUGUGUCGUUUUGCUUAUUAUCUUUGUUGGCAGUGGCUCUGUUUUCUUUGUUUUUUUUUUUUUAAAUCAGUGGACACAUCAUUAACAAACUCCACUCCCAAGACAAAGAAAGCACCAAAGUGUUGUUCAGGAGCAGCUUCUGAGCUUUAACCUCUGUCCUUUUUGUACUCAUACUCGGCUCCAAACAAGGUGAUAGUCCCUUUGCAGUAGCUGAGGUAUGCUACUAAAACAACACGUGGAAAAAAGGGAAAUAUUUUUUGUAGUAUUUCCCCAUUUUAAUUAUUUAUACCUGCAUUUUCUCUAAUCCACAAUUGUAAUUAUUGUAAUUGUCAGCCUUGCUGUUAAAUAGAAGAAGAAAACCGAAUUAGCAUCAACUGUGUUUUUGCAGUUUGGUACUUUUUUACUCAGCUCUAGUUGUGUUUUAGUAAGUUAUUGCUGUUCCCAUCUUGAGAUACCUAAUUUUAAUCCACUAGGGUUUUACUAAUGAAUUCAUGAGCAUAGAGAUGUUCAUUAUUGUUCAAAUGAUGCAGCAUCGUUACUGUUACUCACCUUUGUAACCUUUACAAAGAGUUUUUCCUCCUGUUUGUAUCUUGUCACAUUAUUCCAACAGAAGUUUUUUUUGACAAACAGAGAACACAGGAGGACACAGUUCUACAGCUAAAAUAUUAGACUUGACUUUAUUACUGCUUCACUGAUAAUGCGUGUAGAGAAACCCUAUCGGUGUCCUUGCUAAACACUCACAGCUCUUUAGAGGGCUCCAUAUUUAUGCUUGAGUAGAUCGUUUUUUCUUUUUUAAUAUAUCUUGUUUUAUUAGUGUGUACAUUAUGCUUUUAAAAGCAAACUUUUGUUUAAAGAAGGCAAAUAAGCUCAAGCUAUCACAAUGCUUUUGUGAAAUACAUUGGAGUCACCCUUUGGGCAACAUGAGCCUGAUAGACGCUGGCAAAUGUAGAUUUCACAACAUGAAGCUAAGGAAACAUUUCAAAUUAAGAUUCUAGUUGUGCUUUUAAAAUUAAGGUUUCUUUGAGAAUAUGUCAGAGCAUUAUAUAUGUUAAACUUGGUUUUAGCUUUAGAUAAUUAAUCUGAGAAUGACUUGGUUGCUGCCAACAGAAAAACUCUGAAAAGCUAACCUUCCACGAAGCACAAAGAUCUGUACAUAAAAACUUCAAAAUGUCAUGUUUCUGUGCACCACAGUUAAAUGUGAAUUAAUAAUUAAACCAAUUUGAGAAGUGAAA